AUGGCGCCUUUGCCUGGUGUGCCCGCCGAUAUCGCCCUCGUACAAGGCCCUUUGCUUCUGGGAUAUCUGUUCGGAUAUGGUCUAUUUGGGGUCUUGGUAGUGCAGAUGUAUUUCUAUCAUCUGAACUUCCCCAAGGACGAUCGGUGGAUAAAGAUCUUCGUGUGGAUCGUGUUCUCGGCCGAGAUCUUGUCGUCCGUGUUCAGCACUAUCGCAGCAUGGCAAGGCCUCGCUGCGGGAUGGGGCGACCUCGACUCCUUGGCCGCACCGACUUGGUCGUUCACGACGCUUCCUCCGAUCUGUGGAUUCAUCUCGUCGUGUGUCCAGAUUUUCUUCUGCUGGAGGAUAUCUGUUCUGGGAAAGAGUCGUAUCCUGCCCUUAUUCAUCGCCGUCAUCUCCAUCCUCUCAUGGGCGAUGGCGUUCUAUUGCGGCAUCAAGGCAAGAACGCCAGUUCUCAAAAUCAACGAGCUCGAUCCCGAAGUGUGGCUUACUGGCAGCGCCGUCUGCGACGUGAUGAUUGCCGUCGUCAUGGUCCGAUUCCUCAUUCGCGCCAGCUCAUCCUCGCACUGGAUGGAGACGAAGGACAUGCUUAACAAGCUGAUCAAGCUCACGGUCGAGACGGGCAUGAUCACGGCGUUCGGGGCGACUAUCGAGCUGAUCUUCUUCUGGGUCUUCCAUCACAAUAACAUCCACUUCAUCCUGUACUCGAACACGAUUCUGGCCACGCUGAACGCGCGCGCGGUGUUCAAGAGCGGCUCGUCGGUCUCGAGCGGCUCGGCGCAAGGGCGGAGCGUCGCGCUGUGGGAGGACUCGGGCACGUCGUUUAACUUCACGACGGGCAGGUCCGGCACGGCCACGGCGCCGAGCGUGAAGGUCAUGACGACGCGCCGGAUGACGGACGAGAAUGGGAACGACAUGCAGAUGGUCGUGCUGCCGCAGUCUGAGACGUCGCAGAUUGAUGACGAGACGAUACGCGACUCGAAGAAGCAGGUUGACAGUGUCGAUUAA